UUUCUGGUCCCGUCGCUUCCUUCUAAAACCCACCUCAAAACCUAGCUGGAUCCUUGUUCUCUUUUAUUUUUUCACAAUUUUCUUCAAAAAAACACCCAUCGUCCUCAGCCCCUCUCAUCUUCACUCUUCAUCUCAUUGCAGAAAAACGCUUAUGGCUGAAGUGGAUCAAAGCUUUGUUGAACAUGAAGAGGAACAGGUGCAAGAACCUCAGAACUUGGAGCAGAACCCAAGCAUGGAGCCCAACAUGAACUUGGAGAACUAUGUGGAGUUGGAACACAAUGUGAACUUGGAACACAAUGUAAACUUUGUUCACAAUGUGAAUUUGGAGCAGAACUUGAACUUGGAGGAAGAUCCAGAAGAUAAUUUAGUGGAGCAAAAUUUGCAGCAGGAACCAGAAGAUGAACCAAAAGUAGAACAUGAAGAUGAGGCGGUGGUCGGAGGUGGUGAAAAGAAGUGGCCUGGAUGGCCUGGAGAGAGUGUGUUUCGGAUGUUGGUUCCUGCACAGAAGGUAGGUAGUAUAAUCGGGCGUAAAGGAGAAUUCAUUAAGAAAAUAGUUGAGGAGACCCGAGCUCGUAUUAAGAUACUUGAUGGUCCUCCAGGGACAACAGAGAGAGCCGUAAUGGUAUCUGCUAAGGACGAGCCUGAUUCCUCUCUUCCGCCUGCUAUGGAUGGGCUUUUGAGGGUUCAUAAGCGCAUUGUUGAUGGUUUGGAGGGGGACCCAUCUCAUGCUCCUACGGCUGUGGGAACAAAGGUUUCAACAAGGCUGCUAGUCCCUGCCUCACAAGCUGGAAGUUUGAUUGGAAAACAAGGAACAACUGUCAAAUCCAUUCAAGAAUCUUCUAAUUGUAUUGUCAGAGUUCUUGGAGCAGAAGACCUUCCCGUCUUUUCUCUUCAAGAUGAUAGGGUUGUCGAAGUUGUUGGAGACCCAGCUGGGGUGCACAAAGCGGUGGAGCUAAUUGCAACUCAUCUCAGGAAGUUCUUAGUGGACCGCAGUAUAAUUCCGUUAUUUGAAAUGCAUAUGCAAAGGUCUAAUCAUCAGGUGGACCACAUGCCACCUCAUCAAUCUUGGGGUCCAUCUCAGGGUGUCCCUCCGAAUGCUAGUGGAGGUGCUGGUUAUGGACAUAAUCCUCAGUACAUGCCCCCUCCUCGGCAACAUGACAAUUACUACCCUCCUGCUGAUAUGCCACCUCAUUUGGAAAAACAGCCGCAUCAGGGUAUUUCUGCCUAUGGAAGAGAAGCACCGAUGGGUCAUGGAUCUUCAAAUCCCCAGAAUGCACCAUCAAUGAUCACUCAGGUCACUCAGCAAAUGCAAAUUCCACUUUCGUAUGCUGAUGCUGUUAUCGGGACAGCUGGUUCAAGUAUUAGCUAUAUUCGACGUGCUAGUGGGGCAACUGUCACCAUUCAAGAAACUCGGGGCGUCCCUGGUGAAAUGACGGUCGAAAUAAGUGGAACUGCUUCACAAGUUCAAACUGCUCAGCAACUGAUACAGAAUUUCAUGGCUGAAGCUGCUGCAGCUGCGGGUCCGGCUCAUGCACAAGCAGGUGGGGUUCCAGAUCAAGGAUAUAAUCCUUAUGCAGGUCAUAGUUCUGUGUAUGCAUCUCCGCCAACCAAUUCCGGACAUGCAGGAGGCUAUGGUUCUGUUUUUGGUUCAAACUAUGGGUACUAAGUGGGGCGAUUGUUUCAAUUUGAAUGUUAUCUUAAAGAUCAUAGAAGACUGGUGGUAAGUUAAGCUGAAAUUGUUGUUAAUGGACUGCUGUAGAAAACUGUUCUCUCUGCUUAAUGUCAUAAAUUAGAACAAGCUAAAACAUGUUAGAUUUUA